AGAGAGACAGAAAGAAUGUUGAGUGGGGCUCCGUCCUAAGAGUGCGCAGAACAGGUAGUGGUUUAAGUAAGUAUUUAGGCGUGUAUGGUGGCGGAGUUGUUGGUGAAAAUUUCUAGUUGUUGUCUUCUAGUGCGCACUUCACCACCCUUUGCACGCUAGCAUCCUCCACUCACUUCUCCUGGUGGUUGUCCCCACUCUCUCCUUCCUCUCUUAACUACACCUCACCCACAUUUUAAUUUUAUCAAAACCCACUUCCAACAAUGAUACCCACCGCCUCCACCACCACCAUUUGCCCUUUUCCCUUUUCGCUUCUUAUCUUUAACCCACCACCAAUCAUAUCUCAUUUCACCGAUAUUUUCUUCAAUUUCUCUUUUCUUCCCUACCCACCGCCUCCGCCAACUCCGCCAUGUCAACUCCUCCUGAAUCGACAACCAGACGGGUUCCUCCGCCGUGUUGGACUCAAGAGGAAACCCUAAUUUUAAUCGAAGCUUACCGUGAUAAAUGGUUCUCUGUUAACCGUGGACAUCUCCGGUCGGCAGAUUGGGACGCCGUUGCAACUGCUGUUAAUGAGUCAGCUUCUGCUGACCCGCCUAAAUCGUCUUUACAGUGCCGGCAUAAGAUCGAGAAGCUGCGAAAGCGAUACCGUACGGAGAAACAGAGGUGUCUUAAUUAUCCAGGUCGGUUUCUCUCUUCUUGGAAUUUGUUUCCUUUAUUGGAUUCUAUGGCAAUUGGGUCUGCUGGAAAUAAACAAUGUCAAGGUAUUGAGGAAUCGAAUGAUAUUGGAGAUGGGUUUCGAGUGAAAACCCUAGGAGAUAGGUAUUUGGUAACACCAAACAAUUUGAGCCAUAUGGAUCGAGAUUUUGAGCCGGAUUUUGAUUUGGGUUUGGAUCCGGAUUUAGCAUUGAGGGCUAGGAAAGUAAGCAGGAUAGAAGCGGUUUCUGAUUCUAAUAUUUCUCAUGCUUCAGAAAAUGGGUUUUAUCUGAAACCUGUUAGUGAUCUGAAUGCAGUGUCUGUGGCUUUUAGGCCAAGAUAUUGUGGAGGAAGAGUUGUUAAUGGGUAUGAAACUGGUGUUCCCAUGAAAAUGGAAAAAACAGAAAUGGGUAGUAGUUUUUUGCCACAGGGGCCUAAACUGAAAAGUUAUCGCAAGAUUAGUGGUGAUUCUGAUGUUGGUGAAGGUGGUGAUGCUUAUGUUGGGUUUCCUGUAAAAACCCUGGGUGACGUGCCUCGAGGGUUUAGGCCUAAAAAUUAUAGAAAGAUUGAUAGGAAGGCUAGCCCUAAUUUUGUUAAUGAUCUUAACUAUAGAAGUGAGACAAUAAAUGAUAAAAGAGAUCGUUUGGUUGCAGAAAAUGUAGUUGGUGGGUGGAUAUCACCUCCUCCAGUGUUUAAAGCGAAUAAUUAUUGCAAGAUUGAUGGAAGUUCAAAGCUUGAUGUUGAUUCAAAGAUUUUGAAUGGCUUUGGUGAUGUCAAGAAGAGUGACAUUCAAGGAACUGGCCGUAAAGAAGCUUUGGAUCCCAUUGCAGAGUUAGUGUCUGCAAUUAAGAUGUGUACGACAAGUUUUGUGAAGGUGGAGAAGAUGAAGAUGGAAAUGGCAAUGGAGAUUGAAAAAUUGAAGAUGGAUAUGUUAUUAAAACAUAACCAGAUGAUACUCGAAUCGCAAAAACAGAUUGUGGAUGCAUUUGUGACAACAUUAUUGGAAAAGAAGAAGAAGCAAAGGGAGGAAGUGGAGGAGUUGUCACCUUAUGAAGAUAAAAAUGGCGACAACUCUCAAGUUGCAGCAUUAGACUGUGAAAGCAUUGGCAAAAGUGCUGUUGUAAAAGAAGGAUGCCAAGAUGUUGUUCUCACUUGAUUCACAGAUAAUGCAGAAGCUGUCAGAGCUACACGCACUAACAAAUCCUACAAAAGAACUCUUACCAUAACCUGAUGGAUUUUUUCCCCUGCUUUUACUUUUGUGUAGUUAAUGGAUCUUACAGUUUUGAUAAUUUCAAUUAUUUCCUUAUUCAGACUUUGUAAAUUCAUUUGAAAGAGCACCAGUCAAAAUAUUUAUCCCCAUAAAUUCAUGGCUUUUAAUAGUUCGUUUACAUGUACGGUAUCCUCGAAAGCAAAUGUAUUUCAAUUCCAUAAAUUAUUGAAUCCCCAUUUCUAAUAAA